UUUCUGUUUAAAUACGGAAGCCGGUUCGUUAUCCAGGUUCGUUCUAUAGCAUUGUUAGCUUAAAGGCUAAAGCUAAUUUGCGUCUGUUUCUUUUUUUUUCUUAUUUUGUUUUGUCAGCUCGAAAAGAAGCCGAAAUGGAAACAAAUCUGGCCAGACUUUUAGUUGGGCUGUCUAUUCAGAUCAGCCGCAGUGAUGGUCGAGUCCAUUCGGCCAUCAUUAAAUCCGUGGAGCCCUCCAAAUCUACAGUCAUGGUCGAGUGGACUGAGAGGAAAAUAUGCCGGGGGAAGGAGAUUGAGAUCAGCGAGCUGUGUCAUCUUAAUCCAGAGCUUUUGCAUCAUGUGAAUGCUGCUACUAAAGCUGAGAUGCCUUCUGAUGCUUCUGAUAAGAAGUAUACGGGUCGUCUUCGCUCAUCCCGGAUCCCGGCUCCUCCCUCCUCUUCGGCUCCAGCAGCCCAAAAUGAUGAGGAGGAGUCAGUUGCCCUUCGACAGCAGACUCGACAAACAUGCUUGUUCCAGCCCCCGACUUCAUCCGUGCCAACCAUUAAAUCUUCUGCAAGGAACCCGGAAACGAUAAUACCUGAAAUAAGCUCCUCGACGCAGUCUGCAGGCUCCGCAACUCCUUCACAGCAGCGAAAAGGAAAUGAAGGCAAAGCGGCACGGCAAAUGCUUCAUUUACGCGAGUCGGUCAAAGAAAACGAACCUGAGAUAAUGCCUCCGCCUUCAGCCAAAGGCAGAAGAAAAUCUGUGGCUCCAGAAACGAACAAGAGCAACAAAAGGCUUUCUACGCUCAUGAAGCCUGAACUGCAGCCCAAGAAGGGGAAGUUCGGAGAGUCAUCUAGACCAAAUCAGAAGUUCUAUGAGAUGAUCCAGGACUUUAGAGAAACCUUGGAAAUAACGCCGUUAUCCACCGCAGACAAAGCCGAGCCUCAAAGGAUAUGCGUUUGUGUUCGCAAACGGCCUCUGAACAAGCAAGAGGUUACCAGGAGGGAGAUAGAUGUGGUGUCUGUACCUGGUAAAGGCACGUUGCUGGUCCAUGAGCCAAAGCAGAAAGUGGACCUAACCAAGUACUUGGAAAACCAGGUCUUCCACUUUGACUGCUCCUUUGAUGAAAAUGCCACCAAUGAGAUGGUCUACAAGUUCACAGCCAAACCUUUGGUGGAAUCCAUUUUUCAAGGUUGCAUGGCAACAUGUUUUGCCUACGGACAGACGGGAAGUGGCAAGACUCAUACGAUGGGGGGUGACUUCACAGGGAGGCAACAGAACAGCACUAAAGGAAUCUACGCCUUUGCAGCCCAAGAUGUUUUCGCCCAUCUUAACCACAGGAGGUAUGCUGAUCUGGAUCUGUGCGUCUAUGCCAGCUUCUUUGAGAUCUACAACGGCAAAGUGUAUGACUUGCUGAACAAGAAGGCGCAGCUGCGUGUUUUAGAGGACGACCGACAGCAGGUUCAGGUGGUUGGGUUGGAGGAGGUCUGCGUGUACUCGGCAGAAGACGUCAUCAAAAUUAUUCAGACGGGGACCGCAUGCAGAACAUCGGGACAGACGUCAGCCAACCCCAACUCCUCUCGCUCCCACGCCAUCCUCCAGAUUGUGCUUCGACGUAAUGACCGUGCUUCCACUCUGCACGGCAAAUUCUCACUGGUCGAUUUGGCAGGCAACGAACGUGGCACGGAUGUCAGCAGCAACGAUCGCGGCACUUUGGUUGAGACUGCAGAGAUCAACCGUAGCCUGUUGGCUCUCAAGGAGUGUAUUCGUUCUCUUGGGAAGAACAGUGAUCACAUUCCUUUUCGAAUGAGUACUUUGACCAAAGUACUCAGGGAUUCAUUCAUUGGAGAAAGCUCCAGAACCUGCAUGAUUGCAAUGGUGUCCCCAGGCAUGGCUUCUUGUGAAUAUACAAUGAAUACUCUUCGCUAUGCAGACAGAGUGAAGGAGCUGAAUGGCAAUCCCAAAGCUAUUGAAGCAGAGAAAGAAAAGGAGCCAACAGACAGUUCAUCAGAGGAGGAAACUUCUGUAGAGUUCACAGUGCUUGAUGUCAUAUCACAGGUAGCAGAAUUGGAGGAGAAAGUCUAUGAAGAGCUAAAGAGGUCAAGUGAACUCUAUAUUGAAAUGGGCCAAAUCUCCUACAACAUUGAGGACAGACUUCCUGCUCUCGUGGAUCAUUCCCGGAAGAUGCUGGACGCUGUCAUGGCUCUGCAGUCAGCUGUGGAAAAGGGGCGCACGGCGAGGCUAAACCACUGACACAAUCCAUCAGAGGGAGGAAAAAAACAGUUUCUUAACCAUUUUUGUUGUCCUAUGUAAGUUUUUGAAUAAAAGGAAUCAUACUUUUAUUUCAUUUAUUUUUCCUCUUUUGGGGUUGAGGGCACGUGGCAAAGGUCAAUGGGCCAAAAUUUCGAACCUGUGACUUCACUGAGAACUAAAGCUUUCAUAUCCGGGUUGCUCACUCUUGCAUCUGCUGAAAUAUAUCAUGGCAGCAUUUAAACUCUUUCUUGUAAACCCCUUCCUAUGGCAUGUUUGCUACUAUGAUUAAAGUGCUUACUAUAUA